AUGCUUUCAAAAAUUGCUACACGCCAAUCCUUCGUGUUUGGACGCAGAUAUAUCUCCAAGAAUACUGCAAAUCAAGUACUGAUCUCGAAACAUGUCGCUGAUGUUGAUCCAGAAAUGCAUAAGAUCUUGACCAACGAACGCCAUAGACAGAAGCAUUCGGUGACUUUGAUUCCAAGUGAAAACUUUACUUCUAAGUCUGUGAUGGAUUUACUCGGUUCGGAAAUGCAAAAUAAAUACUCUGAGGGCUAUCCAGGUGAGCGUUACUAUGGUGGAAAUCAAUUUAUCGACCAGGCAGAAUCGUUGUGUCAAAAGCGUGCACUGGAUCUAUAUGGUUUGGAUCCUGAAAAGUGGGGCGUCAAUGUCCAGUCUUUAAGCGGUGCACCUGCCAAUCUGUAUACUUAUUCCGCCAUAAUGGAGGUUGGCGAUCGUCUGAUGGGGCUUGACUUACCCCAUGGAGGACAUCUGUCGCAUGGCUAUCAAUUGGCUAGCGGAACAAAGAUAUCCUAUGUUUCUAAGUAUUUCCAAACUAUGCCAUACAAUGUCAACCCUCAAACAGGUCUUAUUGAUUACGACAUGUUGAGCAAGACGUCAAAACUUUUCAGACCAAAGGUGAUUGUUGCUGGGGCUUCUGCUUAUUCAAGAACUUUGGAUUAUAAAACUUUCAAGGAAAUUGCUGAUGCCUGUGGUGCAUAUUUGAUGAGCGAUAUGGCUCAUAUUUCUGGUUUAGUUGCUGCAGGUGUCACUCCAUCACCAUUUGAGUAUUCUGAUAUUGUCACGACAACCACUCACAAAUCGUUAAGAGGCCCCCGUGGUGCCAUGAUCUUCUACAGGAAGGGCGUUAGGAAAGUCACGAAAAAGGGUAAAGAGGUCCUUUACGACUUAGACAAAAAGAUAAACUUUUCUGUCUUUCCAGGUCAUCAAGGUGGGCCUCAUAACCAUACGAUCUCUGCCCUUGCCGUUGCUUUGAAACAAGCUUCUACCCCAGAGUUUAAGCAAUAUCAGAGUGCCGUGGUUGAAAAUGCUCGUGUUUUCGGUGAGGAACUAAUCAAGCGUGGAUUCCAAUUAGUUUCAGGCGGCACAGACACUCACCUAAUUCUGAUCAAUUUGUCGAACAUUGGUAUUGAUGGUGCUCGUCUAGAAACAAUGUUGGAAAAAAUCAACAUAGCCGCCAAUAAAAACACAAUUCCUGGUGAUAAAUCUGCACUGUUUCCUUCUGGGUUGAGAGUUGGUACUCCUGCGAUGACUACAAGAGGAUUCGGGCCGGAAGAGUUUUCAAAAGUUGCAGAAUACAUUGACCGCGCGGUAAAGAUGGCCAUUGCUUUGAAAUCUCAAGAACCACUCGACGCAAAGGAUUCUAGAUCCAAGUUGAUGAGCUUCAAAAAUCUAUGCGAUAAAUCACAAGAGGUUUCGAAGCUUGCCGAAGAAGUUUCAGACUGGGUGGGCCAAUAUCCUGUUCCAGGUGAAUUGUGA